UGCUUUAACUGGUUGGUAACAAAAUCCCUCAUUCACUCAUGUACUGUUGCGCGAAUAGUACGUUCGUUCUCUAAAAAACCGGUUUUUCUCCCUGUUUACUUAGCAAGCACUAAAAUGAAUCAAUCAAAAUGCUACUGUGGGCCUGGCUAUGCCUCGCCGCUGGAUGCCCUCCGGAAUGGUCCUCGUGAAAACAUCUUAUACGUGGUAACAGUGCAACCGAAUCUGGAAGAACCUCAUGGAGAUUACCUUUCGACGGUAGAUGUCGAUCCCGAUAGUCCAACAUAUUGUCAGAUUAUACAUCGCACAUUCACGAACAGCACUGGCAAUGAGAUGCACCACAGCGGAUGGAAUACAUGCUCAAGUUGUCAUUUCGUGGAAGAUAAAUCGAAGGCACCCAAAAGAGAUCGCCUAAUUUUGCCAUGUUUGAACUCUGAUCGGAUCUUUAUCGUUGAUGUGGCAACGAAUCCCAGGGCUCCAUCGGUGGUGAAAGUAAUCGAAGGCGAUGUACUGAAGAAAGCUAACGUCACGGCUCCACACACCACCCACUGUCUGCCAAAUGGAAACAUUAUGAUUUCAGUUAUGGGCGAUGCUGAGGGAAAUGCAAAAGGUGAUUUUGUGCAAUUCGAUAAGAAUUUUGAGUUCGUUGGUACAUGGACUAAAGGCGACAAGAAAGCCAUGUGCGGUUACGAUUAUUGGUACCAGCCUCGCUUCAAUGUUAUGGUAGCUUCCGAAUGGGCGGCUCCAAAGUUGUUCCGACGUGGAUUUAAAGACUCUGAUGCUUUGGACACUUUACAGUUUGGUCGUCGACUGAACUUCUACAAAUGGAACGAGCAGGAGCUAUUCCAAACAGUUGAACUCGGUGAAGAUGGUUUAUGUCCACUUGAAAUUAGAUUUUUGCAUGACCCUAACGAAAACCAAGGUUAUGUCGGAUGCGCGUUGUAUUCUAAAGUGUACAGAUUUUUCAAAGAUGAACAAUCGGAAAAAUAUUUAAUCGAAAAGGUGAUUGACGUUCCAGCUAAAAAGGUAGAAGGAUGGUCAGGGGAGUUCAUCAAUGGAACGAUGACUGACAUUCUACUUUCGUUGGAUGAUCGGUUUCUUUAUUUUAACAACUGGCUACAUGGAGAUGUGCGGCAGUAUGAUAUUACAGAUCGAUCAAACCCAAAGCUAACUGGACAGGUCUUUCUCGGUGGUGCCAUAGUAAGCGAUUCCACAGUGAAGGUAGUCGAAGAUAAGGAACUCACAAAACAACCGGAUCCAACAAUCAUAAAAGGCCGACGACUUACGGGUGGACCACAAAUGAUGCAAUUAUCACUGGAUGGCAAGCGCAUGUACGUGUCAACAAGUUUGUACUCCGUAUGGGAUAAACAGUUCUAUCCGGAAAUGGUGAAAGUGGGUGGGACGAUAGUCCAGCUUGACAUCGACACGGUCAACGGAGGUAUGAAAAUCAACGAAAACUUUUUAGUCGAUUUCGGCAAUGAACCAUAUGGCCCAACGCUAGCGCAUGAAAUGAGAUAUCCUGGCGGCGACUGCACUUCGGACAUAUGGGUUGUUAACGAGGAUGAGAAUAAUCCUCAGUGAAAAGUGCCAAUUGAGCCAUGGCGACUGCUACACAUGUGGCUAUAAAAAAACACCACACAAUAAUAGGACCAACCCGCAUGUCGAAACUGUUACCGUGAUAUAUUGUUUUGCAUAGUUUCGAUCAAAUGAUUGGGAAUGUAUUGCUCAACAGUUGAUAUGUGAACGAAAAGGUAAAAAUGAAACGAUGUGAUAUAUUAUUCCGAGAAUA